AUGUCUCAAAGAGUUCUUCGUCGGAAUCGUAUUGUGGAGGAGGAACCGGGCCCGAGUCAGUCAUCCGAAGUUCCUAGUGACGUAGCGGUGGAUGCCAAUGAGGUACCAUCUUUCGGUGACAUUCUACAGUGUUCUGAGGACUACUCAUCUGCACAUCAAUCUUUGGCUACUUUUAUGGUUAAUAAGGGCGUUUUAACGAAGAAGGAGUUUUACCUCUGCUUCAUUCGGAACGUCGUCAGCAUUAAUCUAAAAAGGAACCCCGGAGUUGUUUCAAAAAUCGCCUGUUCUGUUGAGGAUCUAGAUGCCCUUGUUUCGAAGCUGUUCAGUAAACUCAAUCCUCGGUUAUCUGAGCUUGGUUUACGGCUCACCUCCUUAGCCGAUGAAGAAUCAGGUCGCGAAAUGGUAGUUUUAGUUAGUGAGGAUGUGUUCCCGAAGGAUAUCAGCUGCAUAAGUGGAUUUUCAGCAGAUGAGCUUCUGUUAUUUGCACGCUAUCUUCCGCAAUUUGUCGAUGGUUGUGGCCAAUGUGAAAGCUCUUGGGCACUCAAUGAAGCGACGAAGCUUCCUAAUCCCAUGACGUUAAUCAAGGCCCAAAGCUUCUUGGAUAAGCUUGCCAGUUUUGGCUGGAUUUCAGAGAAGGAUGACACCAUUCGGCUAGAGCCCCGCGCCAUAGCGGAAUUAGAGCCUGUCCUUACAACAAGUUAUGGCUGCAGCACUUGUAUCUUGUGCCAAAAAGUGGUGGUACGGAAAGAUAUUGCCGUUAUCUGUGAUUCAUGUGACGUACAAAUACAUCGACAUUGUUGGAAAAAGUACGCUGCAAGUUCCGAAACUAACGAGAUAUCGUGUCCUGGAAGAGGAUCUAAUGGAUGCGGGCGAAUGUUCUCGAAGAGUGAUGUAGCGGAAACUUUCGCCUGA